GGAUCAUACAAUUAUAUUUUUGGUGUUUUGCGUCUAGUAGAUAGUAUAUUAAUAAAUAUGAGAUUAAAUAGUGAGCACUAUGAAAUAAUAGUAAAUUUUGCUGAAAGACAUCCAGAAAUUAUAACCAACAAAGUUGUUGGUUUAAAUUCUCGGGAAAAAUUCCAAAAAGUCUGGGACGAUCUGGCAAAUAAACUGAAUUCCCUAGGAUAUGGGACUUUGACUGUGGCUGAGUACAAAAGGAGAUUGACCGACUGGAAAAGCAAGGUAAAGGGAAAGAAAGCUAGUGUCACCAAGAGCUUGUCACAAACUAGAGGAGGACAGGGAGUCGGUACAAUAAUAAAUAAACUGGAAGACAGGCUAUUAUGUCUUAUUGGAGAUAAAGCUUAUGCUGGGGAUAACAUUCAGGAAAUGGGAAUAAAAAGAAAAAAACCUGAUGAUGCUUUAGAUUCCAGUAAGGCAUUAAAAAAAGCCAAAUAUAUACCAGCCACAAUAACUUCAUCUCGAACUUCAUUUAUAGAAGAAACUUCUUUUGCUAUGGAUGAGCCUCCAAUUUCAAAAACUUCUGGCCAGCUACCUUCAAUAAAUGCAUAUGACUUGGAUGAAAUGGUUCCUGAAAAUACCAGUGCUAUAAUAGAUGAUGAACCAGAGGAAACCAUUACCUUGCAGUGUGAUUUUGAAGAAUCUAGUAAUACUAAUAAUGAAUUGCAAACGAAAACCCCUUCAGUUUCUACAUCUCGACGUAAAAAAUUAACCAACCUUACUGACUCUGUACAGGAAAUGAACAAUGAAACAUUAGAUGUACCAGUGGCGGCUCGUGACAAUCCAAACUGGUGA